AUGACAAGCUCAAAUCAAGGAAUGGAGUUCUUCCCAAACACAUACUCUUAUGAUAAUUCAACAGAUAUGAGCCAGGCAUUCGGUGGUCAGAUGUCAGGUUCAAUGAGCAGAGCGACACCAGGUGUUGACUCAUUCGAGGAUGAAUUGCCACUGCUUGAAGAGUUGGGAAUCAACUUUGAUCACAUCAAGAAGAAGACAUUGUCAGUAUUGAACCCAUUCAGAAAGAUCGAUGCACAUACAAUGGAUGACACUGACCUUGGAGGUCCCAUCUUCUUUGGUCUAGUACUUGGUUUCUCAUCAUUGAUGGGUGGAAAGAUACAGUUUGGAUAUAUAUAUGGACUUGGAUUGAUUGGAUGUGUAUCAAUGUACACAGUUCUCAAUCUCAUGAGUGAGCAUGGUAUCGACAUGUAUAGAGUGAUCAGUGUUCUUGGAUAUUGUCUGUUGCCAAUCGUCACUCUAUCAUUCGUAUCACUUUCAAUCAACAUCAAUGGAAUGAUUGGUUACUUGUUGAUAUUAGUUGCGAUACUUUGGAGCACAUACUCUGCAUCAAAGAUGUUUGUCAAGACACUGACGAUGGUCGAUCAGAGGAUAUUAGUAGCAUAUCCAGUUGGGCUUCUCUACACAGGAUUUGCACUUAUCACAGCGUUC